ACUAAAUUGAAUACUGUCCAUGAUAUUAAAAAUGCUCGAGCAGAGCGAAGUAGAUUUCCCAGAAGGAAAAAUUAGUGUCCCUUGUAUGUCUAUAUGACAUGAUUCACGUGAAAAUAUUGUUAGACCUCACUUGCCGACUGUAAAAGAGGUUUGGCCGUUGGGGUGCAUCGGAUGGAACACCAAUUGUCUCAUGGGCAGUGUUGGAGCAUGGAAAUGGUGCAUGUCACUCAUCAGUUCAUGCAAGAAUCAUAAGCAAUUCAAAUCCAUCCAUGCCAUUUUCAUAACCAAUGGCUUUCAUCAAAACACUUAUGCAAUCAGCAAACUGAUUUCCUUUCUUUCUCUCUAUUCCCAUGGUAACCUAUCUUAUGCUUCUCUCCUCUUCCAGCAAACUCAAGCCCCUAAUGCUUUCAUCUACAACACACUCAUUAGAGCUUACUCUAGUUCCUCUCAACCCCACCUCUCUAUACAUUACUUUCUUCUCAUGCUUAAUGACAGCAAGAAUGAUAAGGGUAAUAACAAUAACCUUGUUGUACCUGAUUAUCACACUUUCCCUUUCAUUCUCAUCGCUUGUGCAAAGCUUAAUUUAUUGUCUGAUGGUAAGAAAAUCCAUGCAUGGAUUUUUAAAAAUGGUUUAGCUUCAUCGGAUCGUCAUCUUCAAACAGCUCUUCUUAGGUUUUAUCUCGAAUGUUGUGGUUUAAUUCAAGCUCAAAUGGUGUUUGACGAAAUUCCUCUACGGGAUGUCAUUCAAUGGAAUGUGCUCAUAAAUGGGUAUCUUCGAUUAGGCAACGAUUCUAAAGCAUUGACUCUGUUCCGCGAAAUGUUUAUAUCUGGAGUCGAACCUGAUGAGUUUUGCGUUGCGACAGGUCUUACAGCUUGUGCUCAUUUAGGAGCACUUCAACAAGGAAUUUGGAUUCAUGAAUAUAUUCACAGGAAAGAAGAAUUCAUCGAAGAUGUUUUUGUGGGUACUGCUUUAGUUGAUAUGUAUGCAAAAUGUGGUUGCAUUGAUAAAGCUGUAGAAGUAUUUGAGAAGAUUCAAAAUAGAAAUGUCUUUUCUUGGGCUGCCAUGAUCGGUGGAUUUGCAGUGCAUGGAUUUGCGGAGGUUGCUAUUCAUUGUUUAGGGAGAAUGGUGAACGAAGAUGGAAUAAAGCCAGAUGGAGUUGUUCUUCUUGGAAUUUUAACGGCUUGUACCCAUGCAGGACUUGAAAAACAAGGUUGGUUCCUGCUGGAAAAUAUGGAAGCGAAAUAUAAAAUUGUACCCAAACACGAACAUUAUAGUUGCAUGGUAGAUUUACUUUGUCGAUUAGGUCAUUUGGAUGAAGCAGUUAAGCUCAUUCGUAAAAUGCCAAUGAAACCUCUUGCAUCUGUCUGGGGUGCUUUACUAAGUGCUUGCAGAGGCCAUGGUAAUGUCGAACUAGCAGAACUUGCAGUUGAAGAACUUGUAAAACUCGAAAAUGAGAACGGCGUCAAGGAAGAUGGAACUUAUGUUCAAUUAUCGAACAUCUAUUUGGGUGCACGUAGAAGUGAUGAUGCACAUAGAAUCCGAAAAAUGAUUAGUGAUAAAGGAAUCAAAAGGACACCUGGUUGUAGCGUGGUUGAGGUUGAUGGAGUUGUGAAUGAAUUUGUUGCAGGAGAUGUAACGCAUCCUUAUCAACUCGAAAUACAUUCUACUCUCGGCUUGUUAUCAAUACACAUAAGUGAGGAUUCCCUAACUUGGUUAUUAGGAAAAGAGAGUCGCAUUGCUCCGUUUGAUAUAUUCCAAUUUAUGAAUCUGGUGUAUCCAUAAGAUAAUGGUAAUUGAAGUACUUAAAAGUCAGAGCUCUAAAUAUCUAAACAACAACAAAGAAAAGGAGAGAUGAGAAUAACGAAGAAUUGAGAAAAAAGGUGGCAUGCUCAUCAGUUUCAUUUCAGCAAGUGCUUUUUUUUUUUUAGAAUGAAAAUGUAUUAAAAGCAGUAAACCAAAACUUGGUCACAUGAGAAUCUUACAAUAUCUGUGUUAGAGUUGUGUAAAACUGGGUGUUGUAACAUCCCAGCCUUGGAUUUAUCAACUAAUAAAGACUGAUGGAUACAAUAA